AUGAAUCGUUCAGAUCCUCCGGAAGAAUAUAAACUAUCAGUGAUGACUUUCGGUGCUACGUGUUCGCCUACUUUGGCUGGGCAUGUCAAAGAUAAAAACGCCCAAAGGUUCGCCAACACGUAUCCCGAUACAGUGAAAGAAAUUGAAAAGUACAUGUACUGUGAUGAUUACAUCAGUUGUGCAAAUUCGAUUGAUGAAGCUAGUGCAAGAAUAAGUGAAGUAAUUGAGAUACAUAAAGAUGCGGGAUUUGAUGUUGUAAACUGGUCCGCAAGUGAUUCCAGAAUUUUGUGUAAUCUCAAUGAAAGUGAAAAAGUCAAGAACUUUAGUGAUUCGAGUGACCUUGAUCGAGUUCUAGGAUUAUGGUGGGAUUCAGAGCAGGAUGUUUUCACAUUUCGUCUGAAUUUCCACAAAGUAUCUGCUGAAGUGUUGAGUGGACAGAAGAUUCCCACCAAGAGGGAGGUUCUCCGCCUUGUGAUGUCCAUUUUCGAUCCUCUUGGAUUUGUGGGCAUGCUCACCGUCAAGGGGAAAAUAAUACUCCAAAUGAUCUGGCGCCAAGAAAUUGGAUGGGAUGAUGAAAUCAAGGAUGAGGCGUUGGAAUACUGGCAAAAGUUCCUGAAAGAAUUGAGGCUCAUCAGUUCUGUGAGUAUUCCACGAUCUUAUUCCAAUAACUUGUGCUGUGCUGUUUCUGUCCAACUCCACGUGUUUGGGGAUGCAAGUUCCUCUGCAUUCGCUGCUGUUGCGUAUCUUCGGAUCGAAGAUGCAGGGGGAGUGGUGAUCUCUUUUGUGAGCUCACGCACACGAGUUGCUCCUUUAAAGGCUGUCACGAUCCCACGGCUUGAGCUCCAGGCAGCCGUGUUGAAUAGCAGAUUGAGCCACACACUGAUUUCUGCUCUAAAUGUUAAGCUUGACCGAAUCGUUCACUGGACAGACUCCAUGACGGUAUUGUGCUGGCUCCGAAACGGAUCCAGGAGAUUCAAACAGUUCGUUUCUCAUCGGGUGGGUGAGAUUGAGCAGCUCACCGACAUUAGUUCUUGGAAAUGGGUCUCUACCAAGGACAAUGUAGCCGAUCUUGCGACAAGGAUGACACCCGGAGAUUACACUCCAGAAUCCAGAUGGUUCCGUGGCCCAGAUUUUUUGAGACUCUCUGAGGAAAAUUGGCCACGCGAGAAAGAGCCUUCCGAACCUAUUGACAUGACUGAGAGUGUGGUUGAGCUCGUGAAUGUAAAUUACGAGCAUGAUGUCGAACCCCUGGUUCCAGAUGCGAGACGAUUUUCCUCCUGGACACGCCUUUUGCGUGCCACAGCUCGUGUGAGGAAAAUCUUCAAGAUUUGGUAUGAGUUCACCUCGAAAGCUCGAUCAAAGGGUGACCUAACCAAAUCCGAACUGACCGUAACAGAUCUGAAAGAAGCUGAGAAAUGUCUUUGGCGGGAAAUGCAAGCGAAGUACUUGCCAGAAAUUUCUCGUUUGCAGAAGGGUCAAGCAAUUGAUAAAACGAGUUCCCUCUACAAGCUUUCUCCUUUUGUGGAUAACGAGGGAAUUCUGAGGAUGAGGAGCCGACUGGAAAACUGUCCCGAAGCUGUCGAGAAGCUUCCAGUCAUUCUUGACCCAAAGCACCCCGCUACCAAGCUGAUGAUUUUAGAUGCCCAUGAGAGGAAUAUGCACUACGGACGAGAGCAAAUUGUUAACAAUUUGCGAGAAAGAUUCUGGAUUCCGGGUAUCCGUAUGGCAGUCAAGGCAUCUUGGAAAGAUUGUCAACGAUGCAACAAUUCGAUGGUUCAACCUGCUCCACCAGAGAUGGCUCCCCUGCCUCUUGCUCGUGUUGAAGGAAACUUGUUUCCAUUUACACGCACUGGGGUCGAUUUCUUUGGCCCAAUCAUGGUAACCAAAGGAAGAAGGCAGGAGAAACGUUGGGGUGUACUGUUUACGUGUAUGGCCACACGAGCUGUUCAUUUGGAAAUUGCGCAUAGCUUGAACACAGAUAGCGCAAUUAUGGCCAUACGCAGAUUCAUUGCCCGAAGGGGUCCUGUACGAGAAUUGUUUUCGGACAAUGGUACCAAUUUUCAUGGGGCUGAUAAUGAAAUGAGGGACGCUGUACUGAAGAUGGACCAUCAGAAGAUCAGUGACACGUUGGCUCUGAAAUUCAUUGAGUGGAAUUUCAACCCACCUGCUGCUCCUCAUAUGGGAGGAAGCUGGGAAAGGCUUGUGAGAUCCGUCAAAACAGCAAUGAAAGCUACACUCGCCUUUCACACACCGAACGAUGAAGUUUUGCUGACGAUAUUUGCCGAGGUUGAGUUUAUUAUCAAUAACAGACCGUUGACACAUGUAUCACUCGACCCCAGUGACCUGACUGCCCUGACACCGAACCACUUCCUGAUUGGAAGAACUUCUGAGCAAAGACCUGGAGAAUUUGAUGAUGAUGAUCUCGAUCUGCGCAAAGCUUGGCGAAAGUCACAACGCCUUGCAGACUGUUUUUGGCGUCGAUGGAUCAAAGAGUACCUGCCAGAGCUUGCGCGACGCUCAAAGUGGUUUGAUCAAGUGCCCCCGCUAGAGAAGAAUUCUGUUGUGCUCAUAGCGGAUGGAAAUCUUCCCCGCAACGAUUGGCCUUUGGGAAUCGUCGAAGAAGUUUUCCCAGGACCCGAUGGGAAGAUACGAAUGGCAACUGUGAAGACAGCCAAGGGAAUUUAUAAGCGACCAGUUGGCAAGAUAUGCGUUUUGAACGUCGGAGCGACCGCACCGAGGGGGAGGAUGUUGCCAACUGACAGAAUUUAA